CUCGUGGUUUGGGAUACAAAAAUGCUCGAUUCUUUUCGAACGCAACUUCGCCAGAAGUGAAGGCCCGCAUUUGUGAUCGGCCUCUACCCCAAGGCGUGAAGCAUGAGCGGAAAGGUGGCACGCGCGCUGCCCCCCUGGACCACUGAGUACUUACAGCGUUGCUUCGCCAAUGAGAAGGUGUGCGUGUCCUUUGCCCUCUGGAUUGCGGCGGCGGUGCUGUGGAUAGUUGCAGACUUCUUGCUACUUUAUCGGCAUCUUAGAACAAAAGGAAAACAUUCAAGUAUCUCUGUGCAUUGUAUUGUGUAUGGCUUCAUUGGAAACUUAAGUAACACAGUGGGCGCUUUCUUAGCCAACCAAUUGACUAUACAGAUCUUCACUGGAAUCUACAUGGCUGCUGCAGAUCUUGUUAAUUUUAUUUGCUUCUUCUUUCCAUUCUGUAAAUGGAAAUCAGCCAGACAAGGUAGUGGAAAGAAAAGAAGGAACAGCAGAAAAAGAAACAGUUUGUUUGUAUUCUUGCUGCCUCUGUCUGUGGGGUCAGGGUAUUGGACUUGGCAGAGUAUAAGUAGGCCUAAUGUAUUGCAAACCAAGGACUCCAGACGACGUCUUUUGAGUACCUUUCUGCAGGAGAAUACUGAUGUUAUCGGAUAUGCAUUGGGACUGGUAGCGCUCACCAUAAGCUGGACAUCCAAAUGCCCUGAUAUUCAAAAAAUGUACAAUGGAAAGAAAUUUUCCAAUACCCAGGUGUGGUCUCAGAUCUUUAAAAUCAUUGCAAGUGUUAUCUAUGCAUCAGCAAUCUUGUGCCAUGACAGGCAGACUGACUACAUACUGAAGGCCUUGCCAUGGAUAUUAAACUCAUUGGGCACUGCAGCAAUUGACAACACAAUUCUUUUGCUUAAUUACCUGAGGGUGACCAAGGUUGCUCACCAUAUAGGUCUAGACCAGGUUCUAGAAGAAGAACAAGACACCCAGGUGCUCCUGAGCCCUGUUUAUCAAGACAUGGCAGAGAUAGAGGAAGAGAUCCAACUUGAAACCACAGAGAAGAUGAAAUCUGAAUGGGUGCCACUCACUACUAUUCCCAACAAUCGUUAUCUACAAAAGAUGGCUGAGAUUGGACACUAUAUGGAUCUGAGCAUUCAAACAGUUCAGGAGAUCUCAUUUGGAAUGAUAAGACUACAAGGAGAGGGGUGGUAUAGCCCAGGUGAAUGCUUUCAUUCAGUAGACAACUCUAAGACCCUGGAGCCUCCAUCCUAUCCUCCUUUAAAAGUGAUCAGUGUGGAGCUGUCUUCUUCUGUUGCUUCUUCAGAUGCCAUAUCUCUGAAUUCAGAGCUUGAGCAAAAAUAUAUGGAAGCCUUAAACUCAGAACAGUGGGAUUUUGAAGAUAUGGAUCAGAAUUGGAAUAAAGGACUAAAUGCAGACCCAGAGGAUGUAAACAAGGAAGCUUCAAUUCACCAAGACUUGUUCAGAGAACCCCAGACGGACACUGCCAGACAACCUAUAUCAGAUUUCUGGUACUAUGAAGGCAGAGUCAUGAUGACGGAUGAGAGAGCCUCUGCCAUUCUUGCCGAUUAUGAAGAGGAAAUUAGGAGGACUGGAAAGUAAAGAAAAACUCUAAUUUAGUCUUGCAAUUUCUUAGCUUUAAUCUGCAAUAGUUGCAAUAUUUCAAGAGGAAAUAUGCCAAACUGGAAAAACUGAAUAAAUAUCAAGUAUCAUCAUUACUUAAGGUACAACCAUAUAUACAGUACAUAUGUGUUUUGUACUGUAUUGUUGAAGAACACAAUUUUCAAUUGGGAUAUAUUUUAUACUGCCAGCUAUUUGUAAAUCUUAUUUGAAUGCUUUUUCUUUUUGGGUAUUGGAUUUAUAAAUAGUCUAAU